AUGCUAAAUGAGAUGUUCGGAAGAAAUGCAGCUGAAAGGAUUGAUGAUGGUGGCACAGGUGUGCAUAUAGAGGGGGAAAGUAUAGCAAUGAAGAAAUAUGAACGGUUGAUGGAAGAUGCAAAUUUACCAUUGUAUCCAGGAAACGAAAGGUUUACAAAACUAUCUUUCAUUCUUCGGCUUUAUCAUAUUAAAUGUCUCUGCAAGUUGAGUAACAAAGCAUUCUCAUUGUUGCUUGACUUAUUGAAAGAAGCAUUUCUCGAGCCGAAUUCGUUACCAAAGUCUUUGUAUAAAACUAAGAAGAUUAUUAAAGACUUAGGCCUCAAUUACGAGAAGAUUGAUGCAUGCCGCAACGAUUGCAUGUUGUAUUGGAAUGAGGCAGCAAAUGCCACGUCUUGUUACAAAUGUGGCAUAUCAAGAUAUAUAUCAGACGAUAAGAAGAUCCCAGUCAAGAUAUUACGUCAUUUCCCUUUGAUUCCAAGGUUUCAAAGGUUAUAUAUAUCGUCUAAACUAUCAUCUGAUAUGAGAUGGCAUCAUGAAGAGCGUGUAGAUGACCAGAAGUUACGACACCCAGCUGACGCUAAAGCAUGGAAGGACUUCGAUAGGCUUUAUUUGGAUUUUAGUGAGGACCCUCGUAAUAUUAGGCUUGGGCUUGCAAGUGAUGGAUUCAAUCCAUUUAAGAUGAAUAGCUCAAAGCAUAACUUACAUGCAUAUAAGAAGGAAACAUUUAAGCUACGUGCAUGCUUGUUAUGGACCAUUAAUGAUUUUCUAGCAUAUGGGAAUCUCUCAGGUUGGAGUACGAAAUGUGCUUUGGCUUGUCCAUGUUGCAACAAGGAUACAGUUUCACGUUGGCUAAAAUAUGGAAGAAAGCACUGUUACUUGGGCCAUCGUCGAUUCCUUCCUCCUGAUCACAAAUUUCAUAGUGAUAGAAGAAGUUUUGAUGGUCAUGAGGGACAUAGAGUGCAACCAAAGACACUUUCUGGUUUUGAUGUGUUGGAACAGCUGUGGGGUGCUCAGUUUCCCCCAUUUGGGAAGGAUAAUAUUGACAAGGAUGGGAGGAAGAGAAAAAGGGGGUUACAAAAGCCAGAGCUCCCAUUCAACUGGAAGAAGAAGAGUAUAUUUUUUGAUUUGCCAUAUUGGAAAAAUAAUGUUGUUCAUCACAAUUUAGACGUGAUGCAUAUUGAGAAGAAUGUUUGUGAUAGUAUCAUUGGGACAUUGUUAGGUAUGAAAGAUAAGACGAAGGAUCAUGUGAAUCCACUUCUAGAUUUGAAAGAUAUGAAAAUCCGUGUUGAUCUUCAUCCAAAGAUUAUUGAAGGCAGGGAUAAAGUCAUUUUACCUCCAGCAUACUAUAUAUUGUCCAAUGAGGACAAGGAGGUGUUUUGCACAAUAUUAAGUGGUGUGAAGGUUCCAGACGGCUAUGGUAGUAAUAUCUCACGUAAUGUGCAAGUCAAGGAGAGGAUAAUAUCAGGAAUGAAGAGCCAUGAUUGUCAUAUUAUGAUGCACCAACUUCUUCCAGUUUCCUUGCGUAGUGUUUUGCCCAAGAAUGUUGGUAAAGUAUUGAUUGAGAUAUGUGAGUUCUUUCGAGAUUUAUGUAGUAAAGUUGGUUUAGAGGAGGUUUUCAAGAGGCUUAAUCAAAGUGUUGUUGUCUCAAUGUGUAACCUUGAAAGGUAUUUUCCACCUGGAUUUUUCGAUGUUAUGGUGCAUUUGAUAGUUCAUUUAGCCAACGAGGCGAGCUUGGCUGGACCUGUACAUUACCGUUGGAUGUAUCCAAUAGAAAGGUUCCUCAAGCAACUUAAAGACCAUGUUCGUAACAAUAGUCGGCCAGAGGGCUCGAUAGCUGAAGGAUAUAUUGUGGAAGAGUGUUGA